UUUCAAUCAACACCAACACUUUUCUUAUCACAACUGAUCAGGAUUGGAAGGAUAGACACAGAUGGCAAAUCAUGGUCGAAAAGCACGCGGUUGACGAUUCCAUCGAGUUGCUUAAUGGCAUAGACGAGCCUAAUAAAAGAGCUCGUCAUGAAGAUGGAGAAUUAAUCGUGGAUACUGCACCUAUCACUGAGGAGCAAAGUGAUAUUCAAGUGCAAGAUCCACGGAUGAUACCUCGAAUCGGCGGAUGGAAAUUCGAAGAAGGAGAAGGACCAGAACUCGAAACGAUUCCACUGGAUUUUGAUGUAAAUGGAGAUCCACAAGAGACAGAAGCAAAAGUAUGGGAAAUCCUACGAAAGGGAAGCCGAAAAGAAUCACAAGAAGAAGCAGAGAGUUCACUUAUGGCAAAGAAUGCUUCUCAAGCUUCUGCUCCCGAUCGGAUUCUUUCUCGCAGAUCCCAUACAGGUACCCCAGUCGCAAAUACACCGCCACCACCUUCUCGUCGUUCGAGACGAUCCGCAGCACAGAGAGAACAGAUAAAUGAAGUACCAACCACGAUCGAGGAACUUUCUCAGGCACGGACGGAAGAUGUGCAACCUGUGGAUAUCCAACCUGCUUCGGCAUCCAUCGAUCUUGUCACCUUGUUCGACCAUAAUUUGACGAUAUUGAUACCUGCUUUGACUCAAUUAGUGGAUACUGCUGCAUCGAUACCUGGCUUUCUCAAAUCUGAAAUUAUUCGGCUUUUGCAAAUCAAAAUUCAAGAAUCACAAGAGACGAAUGGCUCAGGUAGUGAAACGCAAGAUGAUGGAUACCUUAGAACAAAAUCACAGUGGGCAUUCGAGUUGGGCAAGAUCAACGGUGAUCAAGUCAUAAGUGGACCCGAAGUAGUAGAAUCAGACGAUGAGGCGGAAAGGCUAAUCAUGAUGGUGGAAGCAGUCUCUAGCGAGAAAGAAGGGUAUGGGUAUCGUCUAGAACGCGCCACAAAGCAAAGGGCGAAUGAUCUGCGGUCAGAUGUCCAUACGAAUCCGUGGUUUAAUGCUCAAGGACAGCCAUUCAGUGUAAUUUAUCGGAUGCCUUUGCAUUUAGCUGCAGAUCGCUCCAGUGGUCAUACAUCGUUUGCAACGCAACAUGCCUCCCAAGAAAAGUCUAUUCAACAGCAAGAGCUGGAUGAUUUACGCGAAGAGCGUGAUCGACUAAAAAGAGAAUUGGCAAUUAGUACAGAAGAAGAGAAAUCAGCCAGGGAGCAGUCUACUUUGCUCAAGCAAUUGUAUGAUGAAGCAUCUAGAUCAAACAUGGAGGCUGAAGUUGAGUCAGAGAGGUUGAAUACGGAGAACGUACAGCUAAAAGCUCAACUUUCAGAAGGAAUGGCCAGCGUUCGAGCCUUUUCAAAAGCAAGGGUGACCGAUCUGGAAUACAAAGUACGUCAAUUGACCGGAGAACUACAUUUACUGACGGAGCAGAAUCGUUUAACCGGCAAUGACAUCAGACGAAAGGCGGCUCUAUGGGACGCAGCUGAGGCCAGAGAGCAAGAAAGACAGGCAGAAUUGGCAAGAAGACAAGCCAAACGUGAGACAGAAAGAAGGGCAUUGCAAGCGCAAAUCCUAGGGAGUGAAGCGAUGACUGAACCACUCAAGAAGCCACACGAGUUAUUCUUAGAAGUCGAUCUGGAAAAAGAAAAGAUUGAUGUGGAUGCCAAGAUAGAGCAAGAGAACAUAGAAAAGGUGGAAAAAGCGCAGCAAACGCAAGGGGAUGCCGGUGUUGAUGAUGAUGAAGAUGAACUUGCAGCACUUCAACGUGAAGCAGCAGAAUAUGGAGCAUUGGACACACUGUUAGAUGAGGGAGACCGAUCACGUCGAUCGAGAAGACAGAGGAGGACGCCGGCUAUUCCGCAAGAUGAAUCUUCCAAAGUGGAACAAAUCCAGUCAAAUGAAGAAUUGGCUGAGACUAUAGAUCAGAAUCAAAGUCAAGCUUUAUUAUCUGCUUCAUAUGAAGUUGAAGAUCAAUUGGGAUUUGUCGAUCAAUCGGCCAAUGAACUCUUGACAUCAAAUGAGGAUCAACAGGGCUUAUCCCACGUGCAGCAAUAGCCUCUCUUAUCGCAUAUGCGGGGCCCCGAUAGAUUUGAGUAGGGUUGAGAGCAGUGUUUAUGUACGAAGUAUGUAACUCUAAUAUGUAUACUAUCUGUAUGUUUAUACUUUUAUGCACU